GACUCACCUCAUUUUAUACGUAGCAGGUGAAAAUACACCAUCGUAGUGAAAAUUAAUAUUAGUUAAAACGAAAAGUUCGAUUUUUUACGAAAAUGACAAGUAUCGAGACUGUGGGGACCAUUGUCCUGAAAUUGCUCAAAUUGGUGAUCAAUUUGAUAUGUCUCAUCUUGUACCGAACCGGUUAUCAGGGCUACUUUUUAGGAGUAGGAGGAACCUGGAAUCUAAACGAAGAAAAAAAUCCCGAUGCAGAAAUCGUCGCCUCCGGAGUAUUCGUAGGAUUCAUGAUUUAUACAUUUGUCUCGCUGAUCAGCCUUUGCUUCGCUAGUGGAGAUCACAAAACGACAUUUACUGAUAUCCUGAUGAAUAUAGUUGGAAUUUUCAUGUGGAUAGCUGUUGGAGCUACAGCUCUUCAUUAUUGGCUUGGGUACUUGUCCGAAUACAAAUACACAACAGUAGAUUCUGAACGACAGGUUGGUUUGGCGUUAGGAUCGAUGUGUAUAAUAAAUGGAGCGGUAUAUCUUGUAGACGGAGUACUUUCCGCAAUCUUCAUCCUCAAAGCCAAAAUGCAAUAAAUUUCAUCGUAAUAUAAAUAUAUUUAU